UCUCUGUUCUUUUGUUCUCGUUCUUGACAGCCAUUUUUGGAAACCCUUCUAGAUUCAGCAUAUUUUGGGGGAUAGAGUUAGGCGUUGGUGCAGGGGCCUAAAUGAUCAGCCCUUGAUUGAGAUCAUCUUGAGGCUAGAGGUCCUUUUUUUUUUUUUUUUUCUCUCUCUCGUUUUUUUGUCAUUCUUGUUUCGCUUCGGUUUUGACAAAUACGGAACCAUAUACCUGCAUUGGUUAACAGCGGAAGUGCCCCGGAGGUUGUAUUAUCACCGAUUUGGACAGCAUGUUAUGGCCUGGUGCCAGACUUUUUUUUUUUUUUUUGUUUCAUGAUUCACAAUUUGAUUUUGAUAGAUUUGAAUAACAUUUUACCCACGGCUUUCAUACUGAAUUUGCUAGCGACCACUUGUUUCAGGUCGACUCAGUGAUGGGCAGAAGGAUGGAUAGGGUGCCUUUGACAGGCUUUUUAGCCGUCCGGGAAAGAUUUAAGGUCCGUCCGUCGCUUGGAUGGGUCCCAACCAAGGUUUGCGAGUCGUGCUAUCCAAAGAUGGUGCGAGAUGGGUCCAACUCAGGACCAGAACCCGUCGAUGAAAGCCGCAUCCAGGAUCGACGGGCAUUUUGCGACAGACGCCGGAUAGGAAUGAAGUUCAGAACUUUCCCCGUACUCCGUGCUCCGUACUGCUUACCGAAAACGUCACCGCGAGCAGCACAGAGAUCACCGGUUCUUGUUUUCGUGGUCACGGUGGAGAACGAGAAAAGUGCCGAUGAGCCAGUCGUUAACUGCCACGCACGGCGAUGGGCCGUUGAACAGAAUAAGAAUGCAUUAUUGGACACUCAGGAGCACACAAAAAAAGCAUUGAAUAAUCCAAAAAAAAAAAAAGAAAAGAAAAUCUCGUCCUUUUGUUGGAUUAAUUCGGUUCGGAAUGAAUACGCAGAUUUUCCCGAGUCGAACUUUUCGGAUGGGGAUCCACAGCCUUUCCGCUAAAACGAAUCCGGUACAGGAACAAACGCCAAUCGCUAUCUCCGAUGGAGUCCCGGAACGCUCCUCCGUCCUGAGCUAGUCAUGCUCCAGUCUCUCCACAAUGGGGGACCUC